GUAUGAACUAAAUUUAAGAAGAAGAAUUUGUUGCUCUUUCAAGAUAACAAGCCAAUCAAUUUAUCCCUUCAUUAGAAUCAGCUUAUUAUGGAUUAGUAUUAUAGGGAAAAUAUUUACCAAAAUUGAAUUCUUCAAUAAUUACAUCUGAAUAUUUAUUAGGUGUACUAUUUGAAUCUUAUUAUGUUCCACAAGUAGAAGAAAUCAAUAUUGGAGUUCUCCUUAAACCAAUUAAGAAACUUGAACUAAUCGACGAGCUUCUAAAAAUUUAGAUGAAUGGAUAAAAAUGGGGAAUUGAUUUAAAACAUACACCAAAUAAAGAAUGGAUUGUUAAUGUCUUAAAAACUUUGAAACCAGAUCACUUUAUAUUUAAAACUGAAACAGAGAUAGGUAAAUUUGAUAUGAAAAAAUUUACAAAUGAACAAAUUGCGUAAAUUUAUAUAUUUAUUUAUUGUAAAGAAAAAUUAAAGAAUUAGAUUUGUCGAUGGAUAAGAAGUCGAAUGUGAGGAGAUUCUUUAGAAUAUCCAAAGAGAAGUAGAUUGAACUUGAGAAGCAGAGAUAAAUAAUAAAAAAAUAAGCUUUACUCUAAAAAACGAAGAGAAAAAAAUCAUAAAUAGAUGAAUGUAAUAAGGAUAUAGUAUAAAUCGAAGAAAAAGUAACUAAUAUUUAGAAUAAAUGA